CAACCUCCACCUCCUGGGUUCAAAAAGCGCUGCCGGCGCAAGGAAACCUACUCCAUGUAUAUCUACAAGGUGCUGAAGCAGGUGCACCCCGACAUCGGCAUCUCUGCCAAGGCCAUGAGCAUCAUGAACUCCUUUGUGAAUGAUGUGUUUGAACGGCUGGCGGGUGAGGCUGCCCGGCUGGCCCAGUACUCAGGCCGGACCACCCUGACUUCCCAGGAAGUCCAGACGGCCGUGCGUCUGCUGCUGCCUGGAGAGCUGGCCAAGCACGCUGUGUCCGAGGGCACCAAGGCUGUCACCAAGUACACCAGCUCCAAGUGACCCAGGGCCUGACAAAAAUAAAGGGUGAACUGU